CGGAACAAUGACAUUCGGUGGUGCAUCAAAGGCAUGCUAAAUUAUUGUAAUGAAUGCGCAGGAAGAGUUUAAAAAGCCAAGGCUGCGCGACUCGAGCAUUAGUUGGCUGCGUCCGCUCUCUUGGUCAUCAUCUUCGGAGUUCGAGUCGAACCGCGUUCCCGAGCCCUUUUUUACCUUUACUGUCACCGACAAAGCAGCGGAAGAAGUCACGAUGACUACCGUCACCAGCCCGUCUGUCUUCAGCAUCGAGAGCCUGCUGGCCCGCCGGCCGACCCCGCAGCACAUCCCGGCCUACUACCGGGUCCCCAUGCCCUGUCACCCCACCGCCGUCUAUCCCGCUAUGGUCGCACAGGAGUACCCGACAGGCUACCCCGCCACUCCCUGCAUGGCCUCGGCCUACGUACCCGGACUGCCCCUCCCUGCCUACGCGGCACCAGCCUGGACCACCUCCCCGGUGCAGAUGGCGAUCGGCCAGGCGACCCACCCCGCCAUGUUCGGGCGGCAGGGCCGCAGGAAGCGGCGCCACCGCACCAUCUUCACCGAGGAGCAGCUCGAGCUCCUUGAGAAGACGUUCGAGAAGACGCACUACCCUGACGUACUGCUGCGCGAGGAGCUCGCCAUGAAGGUGGAGCUGAAGGAGGAGAGAGUUGAGGUAUGGUUCAAGAACCGCCGUGCCAAGUGGCGCAAGCAGCAGCGGGAAGUCACCGAGCGCACGACCAAGGCCGCCGACGACGCCUGCGACUCCGACAUCGACGUCACGAGCCUUGACGACGAGGAUGACGUCCGUAGCGUCUCGUCUGACGACGGGAAGGCCGUCUCUCCCGGCGGUUGCGUCACCACGCCAAGCCAGCACCUGUACACCCCGGCUGCAGUGAGGCCAGACAGUUCCACUUCUCCCUGCAACACUCUCUGUGACAGAGAGGCUGCGUCGACGCCUAGCGACGGACAGUAAAACUACAGUAAAACUGCGAGUGGAAGUUUGUAAAUAGACAAGAUAUAAUAAAGUGUACAGAUCUUCUUUUUUAUAUAUGAUUAUUAUUUAUUUUGUCACCGCGCUGUAGAAAUAUAUGCGGAAGAUUAUUGAGAAGUAUUGAAGACAGGAACAGUACUGGUAGUUUCUGAAACCACGAUGUACGCACCACCUCCGUAGUGACAUGACGUUAGGGUGAUCUGUGGAUUUAAUGUUACACAUCUGAAAGGUGUGCCUUGUAGUGUUGAUGUAUCGUCUGAACUCAAUAAAACUGCCCAGUUGUAAA